AUGGAGAAGUGCAGCUUGUCCAGCGAGGCUCCACAGAAAGGAAUAGAAAUCUUUCUCUUGGCUGGCAUCACACCGGAAGAUUCUUCCGAAUCCUCAAGGGGCCUGGAGAUUUGGGGUGAUGAAGAAUGGCGGGAGAACAAGGUGGUGGGAUCCCUGGAGAUGCCACAGACCCGGUGGUACCACAGCAGGCCCCCUACUCAUUCUCCUGAUGCAGCCAAUGGCACCGUGGACGAAAGGAUGCCCCGGGCCCUCCAGUUUAGUCCAGCAGCCCCGCAAAGUGAGCCGGAGAGCGAACAUCUGGGCUCUUCAGAACAGCUGCCCCCUGCCACCUCCGAGCAUGGCAGGAAGGGCUAUGGUGAAGGGAAGCUGCACCUCACUGGGCGCGCUCGAGAUGCCGCUUCAUCACCCUGGCGGGCUCAGGACGGCGAAGCCAUGCAGGCGGCAUGGAGCGACUGCGCAUCUCCACGGCCAACACCAGGUUGCCCUGAGCUGGUGCUUCCAGCACCUCUGUCCCAGUCCAUGGAGAGUUGCCCCUGCGGCACUGGAUGGGCAGCCAGUCUGAUUGUUGCAAACCAGCCUUGCAAGAACCCUCUGGGGGGACCAUCACUCACUGGCAGAGCAUCUCCCUCGGACACCGAGGACCCAGGCUCACUCCCUGGCAGCUCCACUGAAAGGACGUGGGUGGCGUGGAAGACCUCUGCCGGAGACCCCAGAGAGGCCCUGGUGGCCAACCGCAAGGAACAAAGCUCCCUGACCUGGAGUGGCAGCUUCUUCUCGUGCGACAAAGACCAAAUGUCCCAGCUGCCCCGUCGCCAGAUCAUUAGCGAGCCUUCAGAAGCAAAUAGCGUCAAGAAGUGGCCCAUCGACAGCCAUGAAUGGGAAAGUUACUUUGACGAGAGUGGCCAGUUGCUCAAAUCGCGGGACUACAUAUUAGUCCAAAUCAUGGAACGGGGUUUGGAUCCUUCUGUAAGAUUGGAAGUAUGGAAGUUUCUCACAGGCUUUUACUCCUGGCGGAGCACCUAUGAUGAGAGGCUGGUGGCCAACAGCAGGAGAAGGAAAAGUUACGAGUCUUUGUGCAACAUGUGUGAAAAGAUCCAACCUCUGCUGGAAAGUGAGCUUCAGGAGUUCCUGGAGGUCCGAAACUCCAUCAAAUCUGAUGUUCAGAGGCUUUACCUCAAAGAUGUACAGGGCAAUGCACUCGUGGAUAAGCGUCAGCUGGAAAAAAUCCUUCUCCUAAACUACAUGUGCAAUGUAGAAGAAGGAAUGGAAUACCAGCAAGGCUUCCAUGAGAUGAUCCUGCUCUUCCGGCUGCUUGUGGAGAAGGAUCACGAGAUCUACUGGCUCUUCCAGUUCUUUCACCAAAAAACCGAGAACAGCUGCAUUAUGAACAUCGGGGUGGAGAAGAACCUGACCAUGCUGAGAUAUUUGAUUGCACUGAUGGACCCAGUCUUGGCCAAGCUUUUGGGUAAGCCGCCCGGCUUUGUGAUGUCACUGUUCCCAUGGUUCAGCCUCUGCUUCCAGCGAGUCCUCAGGUCUUUUGAUGAUGUCUGGAGACUGUGGGAAGUUCUCCUGACUCGACUGCCCUGUAGGAACUUCCAGGUGAUGAUCGCCCAUGCGCUGCUGCAGCAAGUGAGAGACCAGAUCGUCAAAGAAGACAUGAGUGAAGGUGACAUUUUAAUGCUGUGCAACAGCAUAGUUGAUAUGGAGGCCGACGAGCUGAUCGCGAAAGCUUCCGCCACGUAUGAAAUUUUGCUGAAAAACAAAGACAAGGUGAAAGAAUGGAAACCCCCGUACAGCCAUUCUGGGUUCAAAGGAGGGACAUACCCAUGAUGACUCCAGAAGGUGGUUCUCACAAUCACAAGAGUCAAAGACAGCCAAGCCACAAUCUUAUGCGCAGAAUGACCACAACUCCUAACCGGCCGUGGGGCUUGCGGGGUUAGAGGCCUUUGCUCUGUCUAAACCUGGCUAGGCGUGUGCCUUAAGG